UUGGUGAUUUUCCAUCUGGGUUUUUCUUCCUUCUCCUUUUCUGAUUUCCUUCUCUCUCUCUCUCUCUCUCUCUCUCUCUCUCUCUCUCUCUCUCUCUCUCUCAUAUGCAGAAGAUGGGAACCGACGAUGGUAAAGGUUCUAUUUCUGAUAACCAAUCCGACACAGAGAGUGUUGGCAGCGAUCGGAUAGCUUUCAGCGGUCCACUAAGUGGGCCACUAAACAAACGUGGUGGAAGGAAGAGCGCACGUUUCAAUAUACCUGAAACCACCAACAUCAGCAGAAACAGCAGCAUGGCCGGCGGAGAUGAUGCUUACGUCGAGAUCACCCUCGAUGUCCGAGAUGACUCAGUUGCGGUCCACAGCGUCAAGACCGCCGGUGGUGGUGCAAGUGAAGACCCUGAAGUGACCCUGCUAGCAAAGACGCUUGAGAAAAGAUCUUCUUUCGGAUCAUCAGUUAUCAGAAGUGCAUCAUCUCGCAUAAGACAGGUCUCACAGGAGCUGAAGCGCCUCGCCUCCAUUACAAGGCGGCCUUCCGUAGGCCGGUUCGACCGUACCAAGUCGGCCGCCGCACAUGCGUUGAAGGGCCUGAAGUUUAUUAGCAAAACUGAUGGCGGCGCUGGCUGGUCUGCCGUCGACAAGCGAUUCGAUGAGCUCGCCGUUAAUGGCACCCUCCCACGUGCUGUCUUUGGCCAAUGCAUAGGGAUGAAGGAAUCCAAGGAGUUCGCAGGAGAGCUCUUCGAUGCUCUUGCUAGGAGAAGGAAUAUAACAGCGAAUUCAAUCACCAAAUCGGAGUUGAAAGAGUUCUGGGAGCAGAUUUCUGAUCAGAGCUUCGAUUCGAGGCUGCAAACUUUCUUUGACAUGGUGGAUAAAAACGCUGAUGGAAGAAUCACAGAACAAGAAGUCAAAGAGAUUAUUACCCUCAGUGCAUCUGCAAACAAGCUCUCAAAGAUUCAAGAACAGGCCGAGGAAUACGCAGCGCUGAUCAUGGAAGAGCUGGAUCCCAAUAGUCUCGGAUACAUCGAGCUUACCAACCUCGAAAUGCUUCUCUUACAAGCUCCGAACCAGUCAAUGAGAGGAGGGACGACAAACAGUCGGAAUCUCAGCCAGAUGCUGAGCCAGAAACUGAAGCCAACAAAGGAGAGCAAUCCAUUACGGCGAUGGUAUCGGAACACAAGAUACUUUGUAGAGGAUAAUUGGAAGAGAGUGUGGGUGAUGGCGUUGUGGCUCGGGAUUGUGUCGGGCCUGUUCACCUACAAGUUCAUCCAGUAUCGUAACAAGGCCGUAUUUGAUAUAAUGGGAUAUUGUGUUUGCACUGCCAAAGGUGCAGCUGAGACACUCAAGUUCAACAUGGCGUUGAUUCUGCUCCCGGUCUGCCGGAACACCAUUACAUGGCUUAGGAACAAGACCAAGCUCGGCAUGGCUGUCCCAUUCGACGACAACCUCAAUUUCCAUAAGGUCAUUGCGGUUAUGAUUGGAAUUGGUGUUGGAUUGCACGCGGGCGCUCAUCUUACAUGCGAUUUCCCCCGUCUUCUCCACGCAACGGAAGAAGAAUAUGAGCCCAUGAAACCCUACUUUGGAGAUGAUCAGCCUUCCAAUUACUGGUGGUUUGUCAAAGGCGUCGAAGGUAUAACCGGCAUUAUAAUGGUCGUCUUGAUGGCCAUAGCAUUCACUCUAGCAACUCCAUGGUUCCGCCGCAACAAGCUCAAGCUCCCAAAACCACUCCAGAAGCUCACUGGCUUCAACGCCUUCUGGUAUUCCCACCACCUCUUCGUCAUCGUCUACGUCCUACUUGUGGUCCAUGGCAUCUACCUCUAUCUUAGCAAGGAAUGGUACAAGAAAACGACAUGGAUGUACUUGGCGGUUCCCGUGGUUCUUUAUGCUUGUGAAAGGUUGAUUAGGGCAUUCAGAUCCGGCAUCAAACCCGUCCAGAUCCUAAAGGUCGCUGUUUAUCCUGGCAAUGUCUUGACACUCCACACGUCCAAGCCGAACGGCUUCCGUUACAAGAGUGGACAAUACAUGUUUGUGAACUGUUCCGCGGUCUCUCCAUUCGAAUGGCAUCCUUUCUCUAUUACUUCAGCCCCUCAAGAUGAUUUUCUAAGCGUUCACAUCCGUACGCUCGGCGAUUGGACCCGACAGCUCAAAAGCGUAUUCUCUGAGGUGUGUCAGCCUCCAACAAAUGGGAAAAGUGGACUACUGAGAGCUGACAUACAAGGAGGAAACAGCCCAAUCUUUCCAAAGGUCCUGAUCGACGGCCCAUAUGGCGCCCCAGCACAGGACUACAAGAAAUACGACGUUGUCCUUUUGGUGGGCCUUGGGAUAGGGGCCACACCCUUCAUCAGUAUAGUAAAAGACAUAGUCAAUAACAUGAAGGCAUUGGAUGAUGAGGGUGAGGAAAUAGAGAACGGAGUGGUGGGGGCCAAGGGCAGUAACGGUAAUAACAAGAGAAAAGGAGGGUUUAAGACAAGGAGAGCUUAUUUCUACUGGGUGACUCGCGAGCAAGGAUCAUUUGACUGGUUCAAGGGUGUGAUGAAUGAGGUGGCUGAGACGGACCAGAAGGGUGUGAUCGAACUACACAACUACUGCACCAGCGUCUACGAAGAGGGUGAUGCCAGGUCAGCACUCAUAGCCAUGCUCCAGUCCCUCAACCAUGCAAAGAACGGUGUGGAUGUUGUUUCCGGCACACGUGUCAAGUCCCACUUUGCGAAGCCCAACUGGCGCAACGUCUACAAGCGAAUCGCCCUCAACCACCGCGACGAGCGAGUCGGCGUUUUCUACUGCGGAGCAGCCGGGCUUACCAAGGAGCUGAGCCAGCUGGCAUCGGACUUCUCUCACAAGACCUCCACCAAAUUCGAGUUCCACAAGGAGAAUUUUUAACCGUUGGAUGAAAUGGGCCACAAUAAAAUCUCAUCCUUCUUCCAUUCGAUGUACAGGACACGUAGCCGCUUUCUUUGAUUUUUAUUUUUAUUUUUUAUAUAUAAUUUUCUUUAAUACAAGAGAAGACCUUCGAUUUGGAAAGUGGGACCCACCUUCCACCUUACUAGAGAAAAGAGACAACCAAAAAGUAGUGGAGGUGUGGUCCACCACGACAAUGGAUUAGGUGAGCCACGUGGGAUAGGUUGGUACGGCCCAUCUACUAGCUAGGAGGAAGGAUUGUCUUUGAUGGGGGUGGGAAAAGCACUACAGAAUACUAACGCAGGGAAUUUUUUUUCUUUCUUUUUUUAUCCGAGUAUUGCGGUAGAUUUUAUUACAAAACAUGUGUGUAUUGUAGUUGUAUGUAUGUACAAGUUCAGUCGUCCACAUCCAUUUCAUGUGGUAGAAAGUGUUUUGUUUUUAAUAUUUUUCUUGUAUUAGCGAAUAUAACGAAAUAAAAAUUCACGAUAAAUGGAGAAAUUUCGUUGGUUUGUA